GGAUUGGCUGUGCCUGGGUGCUGAGGCCCAGCCCAUUUCCCCGGGUCCUUUGAUCACGCGCCUGACGGCUUUUCCGGGGCUCGGGAGCCAACCGAGGGCGUUCCUGUCGGGGCUGCAGCGGCGGGAGGGAGCCCAGUGGAGGCGCCCUCCCGAGGCACCACUGCCCAUGCUGACCACCGAGCCCUCCAGCUGCCGAUGUCAUGAGUAACACCACUGUGCCCAAUACCCCCCAGGCCAACAGCGACUCCAUGGUGGGCUAUGUGUUGGGGCCCUUCUUCCUCAUCACCCUGGUCGGGGUGGUGGUGGCUGUGGUAAUGUAUAUACAGAAGAAAAAACGGGUGGACCGGCUGCGCCAUCACCUGCUUCCCAUGUACAGCUAUGACCCAGCCGAGGAGCUGCAUGAGGCUGAGCAGGAGCUGCUCUGUGACAUGGGAGAUCCCAAGGUGGUACAUGGCUGGCAGAGUGGCUACCAGCACAAGCGGAUGCCACUGCUGGAUGUCAAGACGUGACCUGACCUCCUUGCCCCACCCUUCAGAGCCUGGAGCCCUGGACCACCUGGCGCCGUUGUGGGACUCUUCCCCUGCCCACCUGCAGUCACUCAGCUCCUGCUGCUGGGUACCGGGCCUCCACUUCUCCCUCUGCCCACAUUCAGUGGCACCCACUUCCCAGGCCCUCACCAUCACCUCACUGUCCCCAGGCCUUCUGCCCUUUGUGGGUGUCAAGCUCACCACCCACCCACAGGCACUCAAUGGAAGGAGCUUUUCCUUCUGGGGUGGAGGCAGCUGGGAGACAGCUUUGCUUUCUCCAGCCCUCCUGGGCUUGGCUUGGGCAUAAAUACCCAGGGCUUUGGAGUUGUUUCCAUGGUGAUGGGGCCAGAUGUGUAACAUUCGGUAUAUAUUUUGUAAAUAAAACGUUUUGUGACUAGGA